UUUGUUCUGACCCUUUGCACUUCCCUGCCAGCGAGCUGCCCUCUAAUCCCCCCAAGAGGGAUUUUCCUCUCCCACCCCAGCUCCCUGUGCCUUGGUCCCCUCAGAGAGCGGUCCAGGGUAAUAAUUUACUGCCUGCCACAAGCCACUCCUUCGGACUUUUUCUUCGACCUUCAGACUGCAUUGCCAAAAUAAAAACAACGGGAGGGAGAGAGGCACAAGCUGCUUCCCACGGUGAGAGUGUGGCAGUGCCCGCCAGCCCUGCUGCUGGAUCCCAGGAGCCCUGCCUGCAGACAGAGGAACAUCUGCAUGCUCUGCUUCCUGAGGACACCCAGAGCCAGCAGCUGAAUUCCUGCCCCAGCUGCAAGGAGAGGAGAUUAUUUUGGCUGGCUUAUGUUCGUGGCUGGGAUGGAGCCCUCCUCCACUGCCCUGGGCAAGACAAAAGAACUCAUCAGGCACGGCCGGGAGAGGAUAGAACAAACCAUCAAGGCCUCUGGCUCCAGGCUCUGCUCAUAUGCUGAGCGAGUUGUUUUUUUAAUGGAUCGCUCCCGGAGCCCAGACAAAAGCACCCAGCCUUCAACACCAACUGACAACAUCAACCUCGGACCUUCUGCUAACCCCAAUGCCAAGCCAACAGACUUUGACUUCCUGAAGGUUAUUGGUAAAGGAAGCUUUGGAAAAGUUCUCCUGGCCAAACGCAAGUGUGAUGGGACUUUUUAUGCAAUCAAAGUCUUGCAUAAGAAAACCAUCCUCAAGAAAAAGGAGCAAAACCACAUCAUGGCAGAGCGCAACGUGCUCCUGAAAAAUGUCAAGCACCCCUUCCUUGUGGGACUCCACUACUCCUUCCAGACCUCUGAGAAGCUUUACUUUGUGCUUGACUAUGUAAAUGGAGGAGAGCUCUUCUUCCACUUGCAAAGGGAGCGCUGUUUCCGGGAGCCCCGGGCCCGGUUCUAUGCUGCAGAAGUGGCCAGUGCCAUUGGGUACCUGCAUUCCCUAAACAUCAUCUACAGGGACUUAAAGCCCGAGAACAUCCUCUUGGAUUGCCAGGGACACAUAGUAUUGACAGACUUUGGACUCUGCAAAGAAGGAAUGGAGCAAGAGGAGACAACUUCUACCUUUUGUGGCACUCCUGAGUAUCUGGCUCCUGAGGUGCUAAAGAAGCAGCCCUAUGACAGGACAGUAGACUGGUGGUGCCUAGGAGCUGUCCUCUAUGAAAUGCUCUUUGGACUGCCUCCUUUUUACAGCCGGGAUGUGUCUCAGAUGUAUGACAACAUUCUGCACAAGCCACUACAGAUCCAAGGAACCAAGACUGUGGCAGCUUGUGACAUCCUUCAGGGACUUCUCCACAAGGACCAGAAGAGGAGGCUGGGUGCCAAAACAGACUUUCUUGAGAUAAAGAGCCAUGUAUUCUUCAGCCCAAUAAACUGGGAUGAUUUAUAUCACAAGAGGAUUACUCCUCCCUUCAACCCCAAUGUGGCUGGCCCAGCUGAUCUGAGACACUUUGAUCCUGAGUUCACCCAGGAAGCUAUCUCUGCCUCCAUCACCCGCACACCUGACCUAGCAGCCAGCAGCUCCAGUGCCUCAGAUGCAUUUUUAGGAUUUUCAUAUGCACCAACUGAAGAGGACAUUUAAGUUUUACAAAGGCUUUGUCAAGCCAUAUUUUAAAUGAAUGGGAUUUAUGGGGGUUUUGGGGUUUUUUGCUGUUUUUUUUUUUCCCCUUUUGAGAGGAUUGGUACUGUCCUUUGCUCAUGGUUUAAAGAAAUUGGCACUAACACACUAACUGGCUGAGAUGGAACAGAGCGCUUAAUUUUUGCUGUUUGGUGGAUUUUCUCCUUAAAUGAGUGUUUUCCUCCCGGGGAAAGUGGGACACUGACCAUGAUUUUCCCUGAGUGUCUUGUGCUACUUGGCAGAAUUGUAUUCACUCUGUGGUUAUAUUUAUGGUUGAGGUAUGUGCCAUCAUUCACAUCAACAGCCAUGUCCCUGUAACUGGACACGUUUAUUUUAUUUUUUUUGAUGGAGCUAUGCUCAACUAUGCCCAAUGUCUUUCUCAAAGCCCUCAACAGAAAAGGAAACUCUUCACACCACCAUGAACAGUGGCUUCCUUCCUUUACAUGAACUGUCACUCAAGCUGCUCAUCCUGGGCUGAGUGAAGAAACUAUUCAUCAGCAGCUGCAGAUCUGUAUUGUGGCCUUUCAUGCCAGUCUGAUCCUCCUCAAAGUGAGUGGAUUAUCUUUCUGGCCCAGGAUUGGGAUGAUACUGAAGCAACAACGAGGCUGUGAUGGAGGAGCCAAUGUGCAGGAGGAAAAUCCCAGAUCAAGGAGGGGUGGAGAAAGAGACUGAGUUGCUUGGAAAAAUAAAAAUAACUUCAUAGCUGAACUCUGGUUGGGGGUGAGGGGUGCUUUCACAGUAUGUGCUUGACUUGCCCCAGGCACACCAACACUACUGUGACAAGCACAGGGCAGUGAACAAUGAGUGGUGGCCACGCUUCAGGCUCCAGCACUCACCUGAAAAUGCCCAUCACUCAUGUGGAACAGUUAUUUAUUCUGCCUUAAUUUAAAAGCUAGUGUAUUCAUUGAAUGUCACUUCCCACUUUUUUUUAAGCUGUUCUGUGCUGUUGCUGGGGGGAGGAGAGGGGGCUCAGAGCAACACGGGAAUAAACAAGGGGCUUUCUAAAAGCUGUGUGAUGCUUGUGCUGUGGGGAACCUUGUGCUGGUAUCACUGUGUGUUUUGGGUUUUUUUUUUUAUCAGGCUCUAUCUUGUAUAUGCUGAAGUCAUUGGAAAUAUGACAUGGUUUAUAUUAAAGUUGCAAACACUCA